AUGUCCAGCCUACUCUCGGGAAUCAACGCUCGCUUCAGGGGCGCGGGGCGCACUGGCAGAAGCCCCGGUCCUGGGCCAGAGGGGCCUUCUCAACCGCCCUCCGCUCCGCCACCUCCAGGCCCAGCGACCACGGCAUCGUCAUCGAUCGAUGGGCCAGUCUCGAGCUGGCCCAGGCCUCUGCCCGCCUGGCUGAACCGUGCUUCGGCCAAGCACAUUGUCAAGGGGAACUUCAUGACCCUCAGCGCUCGGCCGAAGACGGUUGAGCCAGGCGAGUGGAUCGCUCAUCAAGUGGUUGAACACUAUCGUGUGCUCUGGAACUUUGUCCGUGUCAUCCACGAGAAGGACGAUGACGGCAAGACCAUCUGCAACCGCACAACCUGCCCUAAGAUGUCCGCAGGAAAGAAUCACUCGUACACUUGGUUGAACAAGAACCACGAAGCCGUUGAGCUCCCAGCGUACGAGUACAUCACUCUCAUGCAGCGAUGGAUCGCCGGCAAGGUCGACGACAUCAACGUCUUCCCCACCGACCCAGCGGGCGUCUCCUACGCCGCGGAAUCCGCACCCGCCGAGGAUGACUGGGUCGGUCGACGCUCUGGUUUCCCUAAGGAGUUCCUCGGCAUCUGCCGCACCAUCUUCCUUCAAAUGUUCCGGGUCUACGCCCACCUGUUCUGGGACCACUUCAUAGAGCCAUUCUACCACCUCAACCUCGAGAAGUCUCUCAACAGCUGCUUCAGCCACUUCAUCCUCACCGCCACCACCCUCGACCUCUUGAAGCUGGAGGACAUCGAGCCCAUGAAGCCUCUCAUCGACCUCUGGGCUGCUGAUGGCACCUUCCCCCCCGAGUCCAAGGCGUACACCUACGCUGAUGUUGAGCAGGGCAAGGAGCUUAUGGAGCUCAGCCCCGCCGCUUAG